AUGGUUUGGCUUGUUUGGAUGCUCUUUGGCAUCCAAGUGCUUUGCUCCUGCACUGCUGCCCCUCCAGCCCAAGGAGCAGGGGCUGCCCUGCUCUCCCCCCGCUGCGAUGACGCCGCAGUGGAGGAGGCUGCAGACCUGGCUCUCCGCCAGAUCAAUGCUGACCGGGAAGAGGGCUACGUACUCAGCCUCUACAGAAUUGUCAGCGCCCGAGAACAGCCGCAGGAGAUCACUGGUUCUGUCUUCUAUCUCAUCUUGGACGUAGUAGAUACUGAAUGCCACGUAGUCAGCAAAAAGUUGUGGAAGAACUGUAACACCAGACCUGCUCACUCAACUGUUUAUGGUCAAUGCAAAGCAAUUAUCUAUAUUAAUCAGGCAAGAAAUAUUGCUCACCUGAAUACUUAUGAGUGCACUUUACAACCAGUUCCACGCAGAUAUAUUUGGUCAAUAUGUCCCGACUGCCCAGCUGAUGAUUCUCCAGAUAAGCCUGAAUACUUGCAGGCUGCUGCUCAAAGUCUUGCCAAGUUCAACAAAGAGAGUGAACAAACUCAUUACUUCUCUGUCCUCAAUAUCACAAGAGCUUCAAUGCAGUGGGUCAUUGGUCCUGCAUAUUUUGUGGAGUUUUUAAUUCAGGAGACGUCUUGCUCCAAAGAUGACACAGUUGCUGACAUCUCGAUGUGUGAGCCACUUCCACCUGAAGUAGCUAAAAUCGGUUUCUGCAAAGGCUCUGUUGUAAACAGGGGUGUGGAACAGUCUGUCACAUCAAUAUCCUGUGAAAUCUACAGUCAGCAGGAUCCUGCCACUGAAGAGGAAAACCAGGAAGCUCAUCAGACACCUGGAAAGUCCAGGCAGGAUCAACAGGCUUCCCCUUCAGAUGCCAAUCCUUUCUCCCCACACCUGGAAAAAACAGUGGGCUGGGUUAAAAUUCUACCCCCUUCAGAUGAGGACAUCACUUUCCAUAGCCUACAAGAAAGUCAAAAUGAACAUAAAGACAGGAAGCCAGUUCCUCCUAAGGCUGUAGGAUCUGCCCACAAUCGUGAUGGAGAAAAGCCUCAAGUACACAAACCAGACUUGACCAAACCAGUCACUGGACCAGUUAUUCUCCCUUUUCCUGAAGAACCUUCUCUAUCAGAUUCAUGUCCAGGAGAAGCAAAGCAGACAGAAGGCAUCCUCCAUCCUUUGAUAACUAGAAAGCCCACCACAGCCUAGCCAGCGCCCAAGCACCUCAACUAGCUGCAACAAAAUGACAGCAAAAACAGCAACACAGUUUUCAAUUUGUGUAACACCCUCAAAUAAGUAAAUUGUUUAUUACAGCCUUCAUCCUUGGCGUUCUCAGUUUUAUGAAAGUGUAAGAACAGAUUGGGAAAAGAAAUUUAACUGGGAUAUUUUCCAACGGAAGUAUUUGACUUUUAAUUCUCAAAUCCCGCCCCAUCAGACAGGGCAUGAAGGAAGAGUAACUGUGGAGGAUAAAAGAACUUGCAGGGCUGGGACCAGCCCCAGUGUGGGGUGGCUGUUCCCCAAGGGAUGGGGAGAUGGAGCCAGGUGUGACCACCAGGCUGGUGGGGCAGGGGUCUGUCCUGUGGAGUCUGAGGGAGGCGAGCUGGGCACACCCAGGGGUGGAAGUCAGGUUAUAAGAAGGAGCCAGGUCACUACCUAAGUUCAGGGACAGGGAGGCAGAUCUGAGGUCAAUCCAUAAACGUGAGUUAGCAAAACAUGGUCAGGGCCUGGUGUGGUUAUGGUAGCCAGAGUCAGGCACAGCCCAGCAGUCUCCCAGCAAGUCUGCAGUGACCAGACAGGUGUGAGGGACACAGGGCUGCAGGUGUGAACAGGGUCAGAACUGGGUCAGAACCUGGCUCUGCAUCUGCAGUGUCUGGGGCCAAGCACAGGCACAGCUGUGAUGCAGCAGGAGCCUCGGCUUAGAGCAGCUCCUGAGGGGAGCAGGGGGGGUCAGCCCUGGCCAGGGCCUCCCCAGCACUGCCCAGGAGCCUGUCCACAAUGUCACCAAGGUCCCCAAGGUCCCCGAGGUCACCAAGGAACAGCCCCUCAGCUCAGGUGUGCUGAGCCUGGCACCACACACCAAACCCUCCUGGAGCAGGGACGCUCUCGGGGCCUGGGCGCCGCAGCUUGUGACAGGGCAUGAACACGGAGCAGCGCCUCAGCACCGGGGAGCAUUAAAAGCUAGGCAGGUUCUGCUAUUUUGUGGGUAAACUUCUUAAUUAUAAUUCCUGCAGAAAAUCUCAAGAAAGAUUAUUUUUUUUCUUAAUGCUUCGUAGCUCACUUAAAGCAUGUGGAAGAGCCUACACACGUGUGAAGCCUCUGCACAUAAUUCUGGCUGGUGAAAUCCAGGCUGUUGAGAUUGUUAUGCUCUAGUGAUGCUGCUGUGCAGGAAAAACAAUGAUUUAAAAAAUCAGCCUAAUUCUUUCUUGAGAUAGGUCACAUUAACUGCUUUAUAAUAAAAGCCACAGGGACACUCGGCAGCCUGCAGCCAAGAAAAAUCGAUUUCACUAAAGUCAGACAUGGUAAUUGUACUGACAGAAACAAAUAUAAAUAAAUGAGAAGACAAGAAGAAAAAGAAUGAACGUAGGAAAGAAAUGUCAUCUGCGGCCAGGAGUACACUGAUAUUUGCAAUAAUAAGGGGUUUGUAUGAGACCAUAAAGCCUUUUUCCAGUUGCCACCAGAUCUGUAAAACCAUUUGUUCAAAACAAAAUCAAAAAAAUAUUGUUUCUGAAGCUUUUAUGGUACUGUAUCAUCCCUAGAGAUCCUGGAUAAUUUCUGCGUUUAAAGAGCCUUCCAACAAAGAAUUAUUGUUUUUGUCAAAGUA